AUGUCGGCCAAAAGCGUCAAAGGUGAAGGCGGCAAGAAACCGGCCAGUGCGGCCACAAAUCUAAUCGCCGGCGGUGGCGCAGGCAUGAUGGAAGCCCUGGUCUGCCACCCGCUCGACACGAUAAAAGUGCGAAUGCAGUUGUCCAGAAGAGGAAGAACCCCGGGGACGAAGAAACGAGGAUUUCUGAUGACCGGAAGGGAUAUCGUCAAACGGGAAACAGUCUUUGGUCUAUAUAAGGGAUUAGGCGCCGUUCUGACCGGUAUCGUUCCCAAGAUGGCCAUUCGAUUCACUUCGUACGAGUGGUAUAAGCAGUUACUGGCAGAUCAAGACGGGAAAGUGAGCUCGCGGGCGACAUUCCUAGCUGGACUGGCUGCCGGCGUUACAGAAGCAGUUGCAGUGGUGACCCCAAUGGAGGUUGUCAAAAUUCGAAUGCAGGCCCAAUAUCACAGUCUCUCGGACCCGCUCGAUGUUCCCAAGUACCGCAGCGCCCCUCACGCCCUCAUGACCGUCAUCCGGGAAGAAGGCGUCGGGGCCAUCUACCGCGGUGUCUCCCUCACCGCUCUACGACAAGGCACAAACCAAGCGGUCAAUUUCACCGUAUACACGGAACUGAAAGAGAUGUUGCAAAGGUGGCAGCCAGAAUACGAAAACAAGAAUCUACCGGGAUAUCAAACAACGGUCAUUGGGCUAAUAUCUGGCGCCAUGGGUCCCUUUUCCAAUGCCCCAAUCGAUACGAUCAAGACACGAUUGCAGAAGACCCCCGCAGAACCUGGUCAGACCGCCAUGUCAAGGAUCAUGAAGAUAUCUAGCGACAUGUUUAAGCAGGAAGGACCCAGGGCGUUCUACAAAGGUAUCACGCCCAGAGUGAUGCGUGUCGCGCCUGGACAGGCAGUAACAUUUACCGUCUACGAAUAUUUGAAGGGAGCUCUAGAACGGAGUAAUCUCAUGUUCGUGGGAGGGAAGUACGAGGAAUGA